AGGUUUUCUUCAUCUCAACCUAAGACCAAACAAUUAUCAACUCAAUCCUUUUAUAUAUAAUUAAAUUCUCACAAAAAAUUUUGUAGAACCAAAAUUAAAUCUAACAGUCAAAAUGGACAUGGUGAUGAGAAUGGUGUCCGAGUGGCCAUUGGUGAUAUUCAGUAGGAGUUCAUGUUGUAUGUCUCACUCAAUUAAGAGUCUGUUUUAUGAGAUUGGAGUAAACCCGACGGUGUAUGAGCUAGAUGAGAUCCCCAAAGGUCAUGAAAUCGAGCAAAGCCUUUUAAGGCGUGGGCGAAACCCCCCUGCAGUAUUCAUAGGAGGUGAAUACGUUGGUGGUGCUCAUAAGAUUAUUAGCCUUCACCUGCAACAGUCUCUACAACCUAUGCUUGUAAAUGCAGGAGCCCUGGUGGAGGAGCCAGCUGCUGUUGACUAAUUAAUAGUCUACUUAAUUAUUGUUUGUCAUUUGAUAUAUUAGUACCCUUAGUUGCAUGUGUAUGUUUGAUUUGUUUCUCGUUAAUUUGGCCUUUUCAUGUUCUUUUUGGAUCUGAUUGCAUGGGAUUACUUGAUUGUGUUUA